CUGCAAUCUUUCAACACACCUUCGACACUCGACCCCCGGACCAUAUCGACGACAUCUCAUUCUCUUCUUUACAUCUCAUCGGAAUCUCUGUAGCUCUAUCAGGCUUCAGCAAGCAACAAACAACAGUCCUUUCUCGAAACCACCCUCCUUUUUUGAUCUGCGCUCUCCAGUUUCACAGCAAGGAGAUUCGAUUCCUUCACCGACACUACCCGAUACACCUUUGAUCAUAGACCGCGUCAUCAGAGCUCAACACAACAACAAAUCGCACCCAUCGAACUAGUCUUCCCGAUAUCGCCUUUCACAUCUAAACGACCUCGUCAACCCACUACAUAAUCAAAGGAAUACAGAAACAAGGAUGAAGUUUGGACAGACCAUCUCUCUGAGCGUCGUCGGCCUCUUGGCCGGUGGUUCGCAGGCUUACGCCCAGGCCUCGGACUCCUCCGCUUCGGCUUCGGCUUCCGUCACCUCGUCCGCUGCCGGUGCUGCCAGCACUGCCACGUCGGCCAUGAUCCCCGCUGGACUCAGCGCUGGAUGCUCGAAAUACCUCGACAGUCUCGACAAGCACGCCGGGUUCAAGCAAUGUGUCGAGCCCCUGUACAACAUUACCAGCAACUUCAACCCCUUGACCGGACUCAGCCUCGAGAAUGUCACCACCUCGACCGUCACUUCCACCUUGACCCAGCUUUGUGCUUCGUCCACCAAGUGCGACGACAGCCAGUUGAGGAGCUACCUCGGUCAAUUCUACUCGGCUUGUUCCGUCGAGUUGACCUCGACCGAAGCUGCCUACUCGGAGAGGAUCAGGGAAAUGUACGACUAUCUGUACAUUGUCAACCCCUUCCGUGCCGCCGUCUGCACCAAGGACAGUACUAGCCAGAAGUACUGUGUCCUGGAGAUCGCUUCCCAGGCCGCUGCUGCUUCCGCUGCACCCAACGAGGCCGAGAACUCCACCUCGGUCGCGAACAGCACCACCAACGCUGUCAAGCUCAAUUCGUUCGCCGCUACCGGUGCCGACCUGUUCGCCCCCGUCCUCGAGGCCGCUCAGAACUUGGUCAUUUACAACCCCAUCUCGGACCUCACCCGACGAAUGUUCCCCCAGCUCUCCGCCCGAGCUCCCGGUGAUGCCCAGACCUCGUACAUGACCCCCAACGCGACCACCUACAGGUCCACCUCGCUUCCUUAUCUCUUCCUCCAGGCCGACAUGUCCUCCAAGCUCCUCUGCUCGACUUGCACCAAGUCGAUCAUGGCCGCCUACAUCUCGUGGGAAUCCCAGGUCCCCUACGCGCUCGGUCUCGGUUCAUCCCCCAUCUUGGGAGGACAACAGGACCUCUGGAGCGGGAUCGGACAGACCUGUGGAGUCAACUUUACCGACUCCAUCUCGGCCCAGGCUGGGGUGAGCAACACGACCGGAGCGACCGUCAUGGGCGCCGCGAACAAGGUCGUCGUCGGACAGGGUCUCGUCUCGGGUGCCGUUUUGGCCGUCGUCGGAACCAUCGUCGCUAGCAUGCUCUAAAGCGUUUGCAAUGAAGAGCGAGGGGAGUUGGAAAGCGGGAAGCGGGUCCGAACCGGUCGCCGACAUUAUUAUAGCUAUUAUCAAACACCUAGCGUGUUCUUCUUCUCGUUUUGCAAAGUCUCGGUCGAGCACCCACCACUGCUGUUUUAAAUUUUGUCUUUCCGAUUGAUAUUUUGUUUCCUGUUUCAUCUGCUACGCUGUGUCUAUAUCCACCGAUCUAUCAUAUUCGAGCGA